AUGGAACUCUUCCUGAUUCUCGUCUGUCUGAUCGCGCCGCCCACCCUCUCGCUCUCGAUCAAGAGCCAACUGAAUCCACGGAUCGUUCAGACACGGUACGGGAAGGUGCAGGGUGUUAUACGAUCCUUCGAAUACGCAAAGUUCCUCAAGCCGAUCGACGUCUACCUGGGGAUACCGUAUGCCACCCCACCGAUCGGUGGCAACCGAUUUUCACCGACCAGGGCGCCCAGUCCGUGGGAGAAAGUCAGAUUAUCGGACUCUGUCGGUCCAGUCUGCCCCCAAAAGCUGCCCGACAUCUCGAAUGAGCAGGAAGCUCUGGAGCGUAUGCCAAAAGGCCGUCUCGAGUAUUUGAAGAGGCUAUUACCCCAUCUACGGAAUCAAAGCGAGGAUUGUCUCUACUUGAAUAUCUACGCACCGGCCAUGGGUGAGUGA